UUGUCACAUCAGGUGGUUUGAUGUCGUACAGGGUUGAGGGAUCAUGUGUCGUUCUGUCGCGCCCGCGACUCUCAUCGAUUGACGAUAGAUCGUAUAAGAGAAGGGGGCGUGGCCAGACAUUACAUACGUGUUACAUCAUUACAGCGAAAAAAAUAGCAGAAGCUGUUACUUGUAAGACUGUAGCUGCUAGUCACUAACACUAACAUUUAAUCAGGGUUUUUUUUUUUAAUUAAUUACUUGUUAAGAAUGGCAGGAAUAUUUGCCAAACUGUAAAUAAACAUAACGAGUCAUUAGCUGUAACGAACCUCGUUAUAAAACUGAAAUAAAACCAUAUAAACUACGCAGGCAUGUGACCUGCGGUGAACAGCAGCAGAGAUAUUUAUUGAAUUCUUGUACCUGUAACUUGAGCGAGCUAAGAUGCCGCAGGGUUUUUUUUUUCCUGCUACAAAGUCAGACAACACAUGAAUGGUUUGUAUUUUUUUUCUGACAGACAUUUAAAUCAUCCAAAUAAGUGAUCGUAAGAAACUAAUAUACAGUAUGUACAGUAUGUAAGAGUUCAGGCUUUAAGACGUCUGAUGUUCAGCUGUUUCUACGACGUAACUAUGGAGUAAACGGCGUCGUAUGGAGACUCCUGCGAUUGGUCAUCGCGAUGGUUCGAUACUAUCGUCAACCGUCCCGGGCCUGAGAUGCUGUUAUUACCUCACAGCUGAUGUUUGAUAUUUCGCUGCACAUAAUGAAACCUCUCGAGCAUUUUGUAAUCUUCAGCAGAGCGACACGCUGCCUUUAGAAGUGGCUAAUAGCACCGAGCGCUCUGUGAAGCUCCAGUUGUCAAAAUGGCCUUUGUUUUUUUUUUUCCCCCACACGCCCUUUUCCCAUUUCUCGAUCUCGUUUCCCACAUUCAGCGUGAACCGAUAAUGGCCUGACGCCAUUAGCCCGGGUCGUCCCUCUGUUGUCUUUUGCAAUUUCAAUUGAUUAUUCUCAAGUCGGUCCAAAGCGAGAGUGGAUCAUUAGCGUGUGCUACAAAUUACUGACUAGCAAAGCUUGCCAAGUGUGUUUCACAACACUGACACAUUGCUCUGUGUGUGUGUGUGUGUGUGUGUGUGUGUGUGUGUGUGUCAAGGCUGAAAUAGACCAAAUAAAACUAUGGUCACAAAGCAAAGAGCAGCCGAUCCCCUUAUGCUCCUUUCCUCAUGCAGAACCCGAGCACGGACCCGUGUGGGAAGAACGAACCCAUUUCUGUUCUACUAAAGCAGCGAGACGAGCACGCGCUAAUAACCUGACAACUGCAGGGCCUCAGAGUUCAGCUCUCCUCGAGCACAGAAGAGAAAAGACGAAGGGAUGAAAUCUGUCUAAUCAGGAUCCUUUAACCUUUAUUCUCCGCUCGCCUCCAACGACCUCCACAACAUUUUCAUUCCAUCACUGUCCCAGACGCCGCCACGGGCUUUCGCCUUUUCAUUUAUUUGUCGCAGUACAGCUUUAGGGUUUUCAGUUCUAUUUCUGUGCUUAAUGUCAAUAAAUGCCAUUAUCGAUUAAUUUUUUUAAUAUGUUUUUUUCCUUUUUUUUUUUCGUCCCUGUCGUGCAGCUCAGGAGCAGAAUCGAAAUGUCAGGCGAUGUUGUGAUUGCAAUCAAGACGACAUAAAGCAACCUUUUAAAAUGAAACUUAUCUUGAUUGUUAAAAAAAAAAAAAAAAAAAAACUUAAAAGCUGUAGAAAGUAAGAAAAAAAAAAGAUUCAGGUUUAGGGCUGCCCAAAAAAAAAGUAUUUUUAUAUUGCAGUUCGACUCAAGGCGUGUAUUCCGUGAUGACCAAUCAGCAUGGACCACGCCGUACCACGUGACCUCACACACGCAGUCUACAGAAGGAAAAGAUGAGAAUGUGUGAGUGAGUUUUAAAAUGGUGGAAACGAACAGACAAAAUGGUGGAAAAGGAACAAAUUUGUCCUAAACGCUUGUGUUUAGGACAUCACUUCUGUUUCACUAGCGUCAUUUUCAGAUUAGAUUAGCGAAGCGAGCUAACUGUACUAGCUACAUACACUCGCCAGAGCCGCCAGCGAUCUCUGCUACUUCCUUCCCAGCUUUAUUUUUCUUCAUAACGUCUCUAUACACAUUUAAUGAGAGACUGAGGAUAAGAUGAAACCACGGUUAUAAGUUUUUCUUCCACUUUCGUAGGACGUAACUGCAGGUAGGAGCUGAAGCUGUGAGUGAGGGACUGAAGAAACGUCAGGCGCCGUCGGAUUGGUCCGAGGAAUCAUCCGAGCCGAUCGUUUUGGAUUCGUCUCCUUACAGCAGCAGAACGCAUUUGCGUAGAAGUGACGCUUCCCCUUUGAGCCGGCACGAAGGACUAUGAGGGUGGCAGCAAUCUCCACUCUACAGAGCUUUAACCUGGGCAGAUAGGACGACAGAAGACAAUAUGAGGACUUAUAUGACGGCGUUCCUGUUAUGGGCGUGGGCGGCCCACUGCGCGGACGCCAUGACGCUUUUAAGAGGAAAGGAAGUAUCACGGCGAGAGAGGAACUUGGAGACUCUGAAGCGCUCCAAGAGAGGAUGGAUGUGGAAGCAGUUCUUUCUGCAGGAGGAGUACACCGGCACUGAUUAUCAGUACAUCGGCAAGCUUCACUCCGAUAUGGAUCGAGGAGACGGCGCGGUGAUGUAUGUCCUGACGGGCGAAGGUGCCGGGACCGUCUUCGUGAUAGAUGCAAACUCGGGCGAUCUGCAUGCUACGCGGAGCCUGGACAGAGAAGAGAAGCCAUCCUACACGCUCCGAGCUCAAGCUGUCAACAAGAAGAACGGCCAGCCCUUAGAACCCGAGACCGAGUUCAUCGUCAAACUCCACGACAUCAACGACAACGAGCCCAAGUUUGAGAAGGAGGUUUACACAGCUAGCGUCCCCGAGAGGUCGCACAUCGGAACUUCGGUUAUUCAGGUGACGGCCCAUGACGCAGACGACGAGAUGUUUGGCUUGAGCGCAAAACUGGUGUACAGCAUCAGUCAGGGUCACCCGUACUUCUCCGUCGAGUCAAACACAGGCAUAAUCCGGACUGCCUUAGGGCCCUCGGACAUGGACAGAGAGCAGAGGGAGCAUUACCAGGUAGUGAUCGAAGCCAAGGACAUGGCGGGCCAGAGAGGCGGCUUAACGGGCUCCACUAUAGUCAACAUCACCCUGACUGAUGUGAACGACAAUCCUCCUCAGUUUGCACAGAGUGUGUAUCAGUUCAGCGUUCCCGAGCUGAGCGAGCCCGGCACCGAGGUGGGUCAGGUUCGAGCCUUAGACGCCGACAUCGGGCCGAACGCCGAGAUGGACUACACGGUGGUGGGCGGAGACGGCCUGGACGUUUUCUCUGUAACAGCUGACAAAACCACACAGAAUGGCAUCCUCAGCGUCAGAAAGCCUCUCGAUUACGAGAAAAAGAAGUCGUACACGCUGCAGGUGCAGGUGCGCAACACACACCCGGACCCGCGCUUCGUCAGCGUGGACGCUAAAGACCUGACUACGGUGCGGAUAAACGUGGAGGACGUCGACGAGCCUCCGAGAUUCGAGCGUCCCAGUUACGUGAUGGAGGUGAAAGAGGACGCGGCUGUGGGCACCGCCAUCGGGUCGGUCAGCGCCGUGGAUCAGGACGCGCGCCGCAACCCGGUCAAGUACACAAUUGAUCGGCACACAGACGUGGACCGGAUAUUUAACGUGCACGCUGGGAACGGGUCUAUAUUCCUGCAGAAGCCUCUUGACCGAGAAGACCUUGCGUGGCACAAUAUUUCUGUGAUCGCAGCCGAGUUCAAUAACCCCCAGCAGACGAGUCGAGUGCCCGUGUACAUCCGUGUACUGGAUGUGAACGAUAACCCGCCAGCGCUGGCCUCCUUCUACGAGACGUUCGUGUGUGAAAACGCUAAAUCUGGUCAGAAAAUCCAAACGAUAACGGCGGUGGAUCAGGACGAGCCGUCAGGCGGCCACCGCUUCUUCUUCAUGCUGGCACCAGAGAGCUCGGUGAAGGCCAACUUCUCAGUGCGAGACAACGGAGACAACACCGCGGGCAUCUACACACGACGAACGGGUUUCCGGCGGGCGCAGAAAAGCACGCACCUGGUUGCCGUGGUGAUUUCAGACAGCGACUCCCCCAUGAUGAGCAGCACAGGUACGCUGACGGUGCGCGUGUGUACCUGCGACCGAGACGGAAACAUGGAGAUGUGCAGCGCUGAGGCUCUGAGCGGCACGGCCGGACUCAGCACUGGCGCGCUGGUGGCUAUUCUACUCUGCGUACUCAUCCUGCUCCUGAUUGUUGUGCUGUUUGCUGCUCUGAAGCGCCAGAAGAAGAAGGAACCCCUGAUCAUCUCUAAAGAGGACGUCAGGGACAACGUGGUGAGCUAUAACGACGAGGGCGGCGGCGAGGAGGACACGCAGGCGUUCGACAUCGGAGCUCUGCGCCACCCGGAGGUCAUGGAGGAAAGCAGCAAACUGAGACGCGACGUCGUGCCGUCCGAUCCGCCGUACCCACCGCCUCCUCUGCGCCGGACAGCCGUGACAUCCCGAGACAACUCGGACGUGAGGAACUUCAUCACGCAGCGCGUUCAGGAGCACGACAGCAGCCCUGUAGCGCCGCCCUACGACUCUCUAGCCACCUACGCCUACGAGGGUGAGGGCUCGGUCGCCGAAUCGCUCAGUUCGCUCGGCUCGGGAUCGUCCGAAUCACCGCACGACUACAGCUACCUGAACGAGUGGGGGCCGCGCUUCAGAAAGCUCGCCGAUAUGUACGGGGCCGACGAGAUCGAAUGGGACUCCUAACACGUCUCAGCUUCCUCAAAAUGGAAUUCUUACAAAGCGUUGUAUUUCUUACAAAGUGGAAUUCUUACAAAGUGCCCUUCUCCUUCGCCCCAACUCGAUCCAGCAGACAGGAAGACGUCUCACAGAUGCCGAUCUUCUGCAAAGUAGACGCUUUAAAACACGGAGUCGUAACGUAACUUGUUGACUUCUGCAGCUCUUUGGAAUGAAAGUUGUCACGGCGAGGCAUAUUUUUCGGAUAAUCUCACGUGAAAACUGACAUUACUGAAAUAGGAAGGGCGCGGAAUACGGAUCGUUUCUGGACUCCUUCCUGAGAAACGCCUGAGCGUGAAACACCAACCGGUUCAUGAAGGACCAAACUUUUAGCGACGUGUCUGUGGAACGUGGAGCUACAGUGCGAGAACAGCCAGCUCACACUCCACUGCAGCGUCGUCUAUGUUAGCAGGCAUUAACGAUCCUGGAGCUCUGAUUAGCUGAGCGUCAAUCAUCUGUAUGCUUUUUCUUUUUUUUUUUUUCUUUUCUUUUUUUUUUUGACUUUUCAGUAUUACUUUUGAUGUACAUACAUCUGUCAGUGCUUUCCGAGCAGACAUGGUGCUUCAGAAAUUUGGGUCGGGUAAAAGGUGUUUUCGUGAUUGGCACUCGUUUUCAUCAUCUACUGGAGAAAAUGCCAGAAGCUUCCAAUUAUCUACUCGCUCAUAGGCAGGAAAUGUGACUCGCAUUUUGGCACACGUCUCAACUACAUCCCACCAUCUUGCAUUCCCUUACACGAGAAGCCUAUUUACAAAAUCACCUCGUGCUAAACAAAAAAAUUACAUGCGUUCAUUUCCAAGAGCGUCCUACCAGUUCUAUUUUUUAAGAAGAAAAUUGACAGAAAUAUCAAUCCGUGUCCUUUUUCGAACAUCCAAAUCUACGAGUAUUACUCACGCGUGUGCUAUGCGUGCUAAUAACCACAUCCCUGCACUGUUCGUCUCCUCUUCUGUGCUGUUUUUGUUAGUAAUAAAAAACCCCCAGAUGAUUCAUCCCCUCUCUGAAUGAUAAUCGCAGCGGUCCGAUGUUGAGUUAUGACUAGGAUGUUAAAAUAAAUCACCGCCCUUAUAUUUUUGCCCUCUGCGCCAGCCACGAAAAUGAGUCUGGAAUUGCAUUCGCCGCCUCCGUUAUCGAGGGGAUGAAAAGAGGUUAUUUUUUAAAGAAUAUACAUAUGAUUGUAGUCGGCUUCCAAGCAGCGGGUAAAUAUUUGUGGUUUAGGCGCUCAGAGUUCACCUGCAAUAUUCCCGUGCUUUGUCAGUGGUAUACUGUAAAAUAAAGGUGAUGCUAACCCAUGUUGUAAAAAAAAAAAAAAUAUGUGGUUUUAUGAAACAGUGCGUCGUCGCAGUGG